ACAGCUUGUAGUGAGAGCGACGGUACGCAAUACUACCGUAACAGUGGAAUUCAAAAUACGGACAUUUUGAACGAUUGUGAACUUGAGCUGAGUUAUUGACUCCAGCGGCAAAAAGGGAUGGCGUUCCCUGUGGAUAUUCUCACCACAGUGGACUAUGAAUCCCUGGAGCAGAGUUCCAAAGACUAUAUGUCAAAAUUGCUCUACCGGAGCACUGAACCACCUGAAUACCUCAACUUGCCCAAUUCCAAAAAGGUUGAAAUAGGCCUCUGCAAUGUGAGCUUCGUUCCUCUCCAUGGGACAGAUGUCAAACACAAGAUCCUUGCCCUGUUUACACUUGAAGAUCCAUUUACAGCUGUCGGCCUGUACCUGCAGGGACAGUGGUGGCCCGUGGAGGAUGUCCUUAAAACAUCAGAUGCCUCACGGGAAGGGAUCCUCGAGGUGGGAAGUGUCGGGGAGAGAGUGGCGCUCUAUGUUCUCAACCGCAUUGUUUACAGAGCGACGGAGAUGAGCAAGGAUGAGGUGCCGUUUCUCUGUCACGGUGAAAACGACUUUGCCAAAAUCAUUUGGAAGAAUGGAGAAGCCAUCGGUUUCUACUCAGUGAAGCCAGAGGGCAGUUUAUGUAGCAGCUUCCUGACACAACGUUAUCAGCUUCCUGUCUUGGAUUCUAUGUUUGUCCGAAAAUGUCAUCGUGGUAAUGGACACGGACUUCAGAUACUGGAAGACUUUGUGGACUCUUUCAAGAAUGAUUGUUUAGGCUUGAAAUACCCUCUUUCAGCCGCCAUGUAUAAAGUUUGUGGCAAAUAUCUUAGCACCUAUCCAGCAGACACGGGUCUGCUGUGGGAAGUUGAGAGUGUCGGAGGCCCGUUCCAGAGGACACAGAUUGCCAGUAAGAUUCAGGAGAUGGGCCUUAAGGGCCGGAGGUCUCUCGGCCUUGAUGCGUCCAUGGAGGACGUGCUGACCAAGGUGCACGAGACUGUUGAGUACACCGUGGAAGUUGUGGAAAAAGUCGUGCAGGUGGACACACAUAUUCACAUAACCAAAGAGGUUGAAGAGACGCCUGUGGUUUCACGCAGCAAGAGCAGCCAGCUGAGGCGUAAGAGGCUGAGAGAGGAGAGUACUGAGGUGGUGGAUGAGAGCCUUGCAGAGAAAGUCAUAAGGGUGGAAAAAAUUGAAGCAGGUAAUGAAACACCUGUGGAGGAGACAGCGGAUGAGGAACAGAAGGAAGAUGAGGGAGAGGAAGAUAUGGAGGCUGGAGAUGUGGAGGCCGAAGAUGUGGUGUCCACAGUGGUUGAGAAAAAACUUGACCUGGAUGAGUCUGAUGUCAAUGAGACACAGGCGUCAGAUGUUACCGCCACAGUGAUUGACAAGGAUGGACAUGAGAACACUGACACUCCGAUGGAAACCACAGAACAACUGAGUUUCUCUCCAGAACAGGUCUCUACUAUUGACACUGUAGAGCCUGCUUUGGAAAUUCCUGCUAGUGAGGAAGCGACAACUACAGGAUCGAAUGACCCCGAAGAAGAGUAUAGUUCCCGUAAAUCACCUGUUGAGGAGGUGCAAAGGGAAGAUGAGGGAGAGGAGAGCUCACAGAAAAGGGACAAGACCGAAGCUAAAGAUGCAACAAUUCAGCAGCGGCAUUGAGAUUGAGAUGAAACGAAAGUCCUGUUAGAAUUUGUUGGACUGUGUUCACUGUGAAGUACUUGAUAAAUAACCAUUCUUUAUAUAAACAUGUACAUCACAGGCUAAAUAGUGUGUUAAAAAAUAUAUAAAAUAUUAACCUUUGAGUUUUGGUGAGGGUAGAAUUCUGAUUCUCUUAAUUUGCACAAGGAUGAACAAGCAUAUUUUUAUGUACAGCAUUUCAUGUCAGUCCAUUAAUUGUUGCAAAUCAGCAUUGUAUAACUGCAACCAAUUAUUUUUGUGCUGUGAUGUUCAUAUUAAUGAUGUAUAUUAUUUUCUUGAACUACCUGUUUCGUAGAGCUCGAGUUAUGCUUUCGGUUAUUCUUUACCUUUUUUUUUACCACUUUGCCUACCUCUCUUCCUCUAGAAAAGUUUCUCUUAAAAAGUUUGUCUGUCUCAGAUUUUACUUACAGAGUGAUCAUUGUCAAUGCAGUUAGUUAGAAGAAUGAUUGAGAUUACUUGAUGACAAUGGAUGGUGGUGAUUAAUUAGAUCCCACACUUAGAGCGUUACUGGUAAGUCUGUAUCAUUGCAGUGUGCACUCUCCACAAGUUGAUGUCAGAUCCACAAAUGUUAUUCUCUCUCUCUCUCUCUCUCUCUCUCUCUCUCUCUCUCUCUCUCUCUCUCUCUCUCUCUCUCUCUCUCUCUCUGACCCCCCACCCCCACCCCCAAGUGCCAUUUUGAGAAAAGAUUAGCCAUACUGUGACUGUACCACUGGAGCUCAGCAGUGGCGCUACUGAUGUGAAUUUUUAUUUAGUUUUUUUUUUUCUGUAUUGAGCAUAUGCGCUUAUUAAUAAAGUUUUUUUCUCCUC